CGAAGGAUCACAUCUGCUCGCCCUUCUCGUCAGUGCGGCAGAGCCAUGUCGAACGGCAGCCGGGAAGGCGCCCUUAAACUGGCCUGGCCCACCAGCUCGGCCGAUGACUUCCAGACGCCUCAAAAGCGCGGAGUUGCCGCUGCGGACUCGGCGGGUUCCACUAGCCUCCAUCCUCGAUCCUGGGACACGGAGCAGCUGUGCGCCUUCCUUCAGGAGCAGGGCUUGGAAGCUGCGGAGCUGCAGCGCUUUCGAGAACAUAAAAUAACUGGUAAAACUGUACCAACUCUCACUGAAUCUCAUCUUGAAAAAAUGGGAAUUUGUGCUGUAGGAGUGAGAGAGAAACUGCUAAUUUGUCUGCGCAAACUGGCACAAAGUCAGAGUUACACUGAAAUAGCAAAGGUUUUUAAUGAUCCAAUCCAUGGUCAUAUUGAAAUGCAUCCUCUUCUUGUUCGCAUCAUUGACACACCUCAAUUUCAGCGUCUACGAUAUAUUAAACAAUUGGGUGGCACUUACUAUGUUUUCCCAGGAGCAUCAAACAAUCGCUUUGAACAUUCUCUUGGCGUUAGUCAUCUCGCAGGCCGUUUGGUGCAGGCAUUGCAAGAACGACAACCUGAACUGAAUAUUGAUCAGAGAGAUAUUCUGUGUGUUCAAAUUGCUGGACUGUGUCAUGAUUUAGGUCAUGGACCAUUUUCACAUAUGUUUGAUGGAAGAUUCAUUCCACUUGCUCGCCCGGGAUUAAAAUGGAAGCAUGAGCUGGCUUCCGUUCAGAUGUUUGAAUACUUAAUUGAUUCCAAUAACUUAAAGCCAGACAUGGAAAAGUAUGGUCUCCAGCUUGAUGAAGACAUACAUUUUAUCAAAGAACAGAUAGCAGGUCCUGUUGAGGAGAAAAUGGGAGACAAAGAGUGGCCCUAUUGUGGUCGUUCCAAAAACAAGAGUUUUCUUUAUGAAAUAGUGGCUAACAAAAUAACUGGCAUUGAUGUUGAUAAAUGGGACUACUUUGCCAGGGAUUGUCAUCAUCUUGGAAUUCAAAACAGUUUUGAUUAUGAGCGCUUCAUUAAAUUGGCUCGAGUGUGCCAAGUGAAAGAUAUGAUGCAUAUUUGUACCCGCGACAAGGAGGUUGGAAAUUUGUAUGACAUGUUCCACACACGAAACUGUCUGUACCGCAGAGCAUAUCAGCACAAAGUUGCCAACAUUAUUGAAAUCCUGAUUACUGAUGCCUUUCUAAAGGCUGAUCCACAUAUCGAAAUAAAGGGCUCAGGUGGAAAAAGGUUCCGGAUCUCUACAGCACUGGAAGACAUGGAAGCCUAUACCAAGCUGACAGAUGAAAUCUUUUUGAAGAUUCUACAUUCUGAUGAACCAGAGCUGAGUGAUGCACGUGAAAUUCUGUGUAAAAUACAGCAGCGCGAUCUCUUUAAAUGCUUGGGAGAAACGCAGCCACCAGAGGGCAAGAAAAUUAAAAAGGAAGAUCAUGAUGGAUUGCGAGCUGGAAUUGUUAAUUCCAAACCUGAUACAAUCUCUGUAGAUGUGGAACUGAAGGCUGAAGAUUUUAUUAUUGAUGUUAUUAAUAUGGAUUAUGGAAUGAAAGAAAAGGACCCUAUCAAUAAUGUUCACUUUUACUGCAAGACUGACAUCACUCAGGCAGUUAAUAUUACAAGAGAACAAGUUUCACAGCUGCUCCCAGAAAAAUUUGCAGAGCAGAUCAUCAGAGUUUAUUGUAAAAAAAAGGAUAAAAAGAUAAUUGAGGCUGCUACAAAAUACUUUAAUCAGUGGUGUUUGGAUAAGAAGUUCACUAAACCACGGGAUGGUGAUGUGGUUGCUCCAAAACUUAGUCCAAAAAAAGGGUCUAAUAAGGAUGAUGAAAAUCAGGAUUCAAACAGGAACAGAAGUGGUUCAAAUUGUAGAGCAAAACUUUUUUAAAUCAAACCUUAAACUUCCAGAUGGAUGCUACCUUUUUGACCAGAAACAAAUCAUUUUGGUGCAUUCUACUGAUAGUAAUUCACAGGCUAACAAAUGGAACGGACUCUGCCUCUCCCCACUUUCAUGUUGCAUGUUGUUAUCCACCAGCAACACCCACCUGAGCAUGUUGAUCUUACUUUUAGGCACUCCUACUCUCAAUGUCUUCCAAGUAACAUAGGGAGAUCAAAUCCCUCAGCCGUGUCUUCUUUCGAGAUUAUUUCUUGUUCCAUGAAUUCUGUCCUCCUCCCAUCUUCUAAUAGAGUUUUGCUCCUGCCAUAAAACCUCUUCCUAGAUCUAAGUCGACGAGUUUGGGGUACGUAUCCAUUCAGAGGAUGUCGGAGAUCAUUUGUUUGGUUCUCUCAGCAACUGUUGCUACUUCUGUCCUAAUCCUAGGUGGAGCAAUACCAGCCAGAGGAUACAUUUUCUCAAUUGGUGUGGGUUUAGGGCAUCCUGUCACUGUGUGUACUGCUUCAUUGACAGUAAUGUCAACUAGCUUUGCAUAUGUGGAUGUACUCCAUUCUGGAGCAGCAAAUCCUGCUGCAGAAAUAUUCUUUCCACUAGUGCAAACCAUCAACCGUGAAAUGAAUCAGUGAACAAACCCCAUAGUUUCAUAUAUAUUCUGAGUAAAUAUAUAAAAUAAACUUAAGAAGGGGGGGGAGAUCUUGUGCUACUUGCUUGAAAUUCAUAUAUUUUCUAUAUGAAGGAAUUAUUCCAUAAUUCCUUAACUCUUUUAGAUCAUGACAGCUGGUGAAUGUAUGUUGAUUUAGAGCUAAAUAUUCAUUAGCACAAUAAAUAUUACAAUAUUUUAAAA